AUGAGAUUAUACUACGAUCGCUUGCUUAUUGGAAUGAUCCCUUUGUUCUGUACCAUGGUUCAAGCAUCACCUGGAAAAACUGCAACGCCUGAAAAAUGUUUGGAAGCGUGUACAAAAUCGAAAAAAAGUUUUGAUUUUAUAUGUAAAUCUGCAAUGUGGUACAGAGAUUCUAAAGAAUGCGUAUUGAACAACGGUAACAGCAAAGAAAAUGGUGAAUUUUUAUUUUCCACAAAAGAAUCUGGUGAUAAGGUUGAUUAUUAUGAAAAUAUUUGUUUGGAUAGUCAAAAAAAAGAUGAAGAAGAGUCGUCUGGUGAAGAACCUGAUGUUAACGAAAAGGCUAAAGAGAUUGGUGAAAAGGAACAGGAAUGUUUUAGAACAUAUCAGAACAGAUCCUUAGUUGGAUUUGCCGAUGAAGUUAAAAACGAUCUUAAUCAUCGGCAAUGUUUAUAUGCGUGUUACAGUUGCAACGACUGCUUAGAUGGUGACCCGUGUAAUUCAGUUACAUAUUACAGAGAACGUCAAGAGUGCAUUUUGACAAGUGAAACUAAGAGGGAUCACAACGAUUUAUUUGUGCUGGAUUCAGAAACAGAUUAUUCUGAAAACAGUUGUAAUGAUGCAGCUAAAAUUCCAGAAUGUGCUGAAAUCUCCUUAACUUUUGUGAUUGAUGGAAGUGAUUCGACCAGCACUGAACAGUUUGAAAAUGUAAAAAGAAAUAUUGCCAAAAUUGUAAGAACAAUGCAAAAACAUACUGACACUUUGAUACUGUCUAUUGUACAAGUCGCUAAUAAAUUUUUUAUGGAACUUGAAGGUUUUGCUUUUGAAGACGAAUCCUAUUUUGAAGAAACCUUAGCAGAAAUUUCACAACGAAGAGGAGUUUUAAAGAUUGAUAAUGUGGAAGGUAUCCUGGAUAGUGAACUUAUUCGGAGAAGUAUCAUAACUGUCUUUGGAGGCACUGUUCUCAGAAACACCUUCAUUCAACGACAAUUAGAUAUGAUUAGUAAAUUUAUACUUGUUUCUAUUGAUAAUAACGACAACGAACAGAAUUUGCAAUUGGUGACUGAUUACACCAAUAAUACUUUACAACUGAAUAAUGUUGAUAAAAUUAUCGAAAUUUUACAAAACCACUAUUGUGGUUUUGUGCCGAAAUCAAAUGAACUGCUGCUGAUUGAUAAUGAAACAGAAUCGUUGCUUCGUGAUAGUGUUCCGAAGCUCAACCGAACAGCUCUCGAGCUAGAUGCAAAAAUAAUUCAAAAAAGCAGACAUCUGUGGACAGGCAGUAAAGAAAAUUUUUUGCCAAAAGGUUUGUAA